AUGAGUAUCUCUAACUUUUCGCUUCGCACGGGCGACCGUGGGAAGGCCGAGCAAGAGUUGAUGAUGGCCAUCCGCAAGGCCACCAGCGUCGAAGAGAAUGCACCCAAGCGUAAACACGUACGAACCAUGAUUCUAUUCACUUGUGACUACAAAACAUCCAUGCCCAUCUGGGAGUGCAUGAAGGCCCAACCGCUCAGAGCCGACGAAGUCCAGUGCUACAAGGCAAUCAUCUCGCUGCACAAGGUGAUUCGCGAGGGCCACCCAGUGUGCAUACCAGAGGCACUGACCCAAACCCCCGUUCUUAUUCGUGGCUAUGUCAACUUCCUCCUGGCAAAACUCGAGUACCACCGCCUGCACCCUGACUUUAACGGCAUGUUUGAGUACGAGGAGUACAUCAGCUUGCGCGGCACCAACGACCCCAACGAGGGGUACGAGACAAUUGCUGACCUGAUGAGCCUGCAAGAGCGCCUCGACGAGUUCCAGAAGCUCGUCUUUGUCAAUUUCCAGCGCGUCUCCAAUAACGAAUGUCGCAUUUCCUCGCUCGUGCCACUGGUCGAGGAAAGCUACGGUAUCUACAAGUUUGCCACGCGGAUGCUCAUCGCCAUGCACACGCGCGUCGACGGCGCCGAGCAUGCACUUGAACCCCUGCGAACAAGGUUCAACGCGAUGCACUAUGGUCUGCGCAGGUUCUACUUUGAAUGCUCCAACCUGCGCUACCUGACCAGCCUUAUCACUGUGCCACGCCUGAGCCAGAACCCACCCAACCUGAUGGGCAAUGACGGCGCGGCGCCGCCCCCUGAUCGCUCGCAGCAGGAUCUCAACCGCAGCGCUUCGACGUCUGAACGCCAGCAGCAGCAGUUUCUGCUCCAGCAGCAAAUGGAGAUGCAGCGCAUUGAGCAGCAGCAGCUUCAGAGGCAGAAGGAGCAGGAGCAGCUUGCCCAGCAGCAGCGCGUCGAGCAGCAGCGCCAGUUUGAGGAGCAGCAGCGGAAAUACGAAGAGCAGCAGCAGCUGCAGAGGCAGAAGGAGCAGGAGCAGCUCGCCCAGCUUCAGCGCGAGCAGAUGCAGCGUCAGGUGCAGGGGAAGAUGCAGGAGCUCGAGCAGCAGAUGCUGCUGAUGCGCGGGCAGCAUGAGCGUGACCAGAUGACGAUCGGUCAGUACAAUAACCGCGUCGCCGCCCUGGAGGACCAAAUUCGCCAGCUGCAGAUGCUCCAGGCACAGCAGGACGCGAGCAAGGAUGAGCUCAUUCGCCAGCUGCAGGCCCAGAUUGAGCAGUGGAAGCAAAAGUACGAAGCACUGGCCAAGCUCUACUCGCAGCUGCGCCAAAAGUACCUGGAUCUUGUUAACAAGUACAACCAGGUCAACAUCAAGGCCAACAGCGCUGCUGAGGUGAUGGCCAAGAUGGACCAGCUGCAGGCGAACAUGAAGCGCAAGAACCUGGAGCUUGCAGACAUGAUGCGUGAGCGGGACAGGGCGCUUGCUGACCUGCAGCGCAUGGAGAACGGCCAGCAGGAAGAGCUUGAGCGGCUGCGCCGCCAGCUCGAAGAUAGCGAGGAUAAUGUGCGGGACCUGAACCGCUCCAAGGCUGCCGAGGUUCAGGAAAUUAUGCGCAAGUUCAAUGCAGAGAGAGACGAGCUGCAGAGGCAGCUCGACGCCAAGCUCGCCGAUGCCAACCAGGCGCGCAGACAGUACAACGACCUGCGCGCCGAAAACGAGCAGCUGCGGCAGGCGAAGGACGACGAGAUCGCUGUGCUCCAGGCCGGCAUGGACCAUAGCAUUGUCGCCAUGGCCAAUCUCAAGAAGCAGGUGGGCGGCAACCAGAGCGACCUUCAACGCCGGCUGGAUGCUGUGCUUCAGGAGCACGCGCAAAAGCUCAAGCGCAUUCUGGACUCGAUUCUGCGGUCGUGCGCCGACAAGACCGACGAGGCUGUGUUUAAUCUAAACGACCCCAGCAACCUGGGAAACAUGACGACCACGGUAGAGCACGUGCUGGCAACUAUCGAGCAGGUGCACGAUUCCGGCAACUCGCUGACAGCGUCGUUUGCGGGAUACUUGGCCAACCCGGACGGCGACCAAACGCAGGUUAUCUCGACCGCCGUUGGCCUGGCCAACGGGCUCGAUCAUUUGCUGACCAACCUGAAGGGCAUUGUGCGUUUCGCCAACGGCGAGGAGUCUGUCGAGCGCCUUAUCAAGGUUGCCCGGCAGACCGCCACAAUUGGCCGGCAGUUCUUCACCAAGGGCCAGUCGAACCACAUGGAGAGGCUGCUCGCCACCGAGCGCCCGGGCGUCAUUCUGGACACCAACCGCGAGCUGCAGCAGAGCCUAACCACACUAACCGGCCUCACCGAAAGCCUCGUCCCCAAGGAUGUCAACCGUGUGUCUGUUGCAACCACUAACGAGGACGUCUCUGACCUGGUUGAGCGCGAGAUGCUCAACGCCGCGCGUGCCAUCGACGAGGCGGUCGCUCGCCUGCAGGGUCUGAUGAACCAGCCGCGCGACUCAUCGCUCACCGACCACCAGGUGCAGGUCAACGACGCCAUCCUCGACUCGUCAAUGGCCAUGACCAACGCCAUUGCCCAGCUCAUCCGCGCUGCCACGGCUUCGCAGCUGGAGAUUGUCUUGCAGGGCCGUGGCUCGAGCACCAAGGCAGCCUUCUACAAGAAGAACAACCGCUGGACUGAGGGCCUGAUCUCUGCCGCCAAGGCAGUUGCCAUUGCCACGAACAACCUUGUUGAGACUGCCGACGGCGUCAUCAAGGGCACGCGCUCCCUCGAGCACCUAGUGGUCGCUGCCCGCGAGGUCUCGGCGGCCACCGUGCAGCUUGUUGCUGCGUCCCGCGUCAAGUCCCAGCCGUACUCUAAGACUCAGGAGAGGCUCGAGUGGGCUGCCAAGGCGGUCACCGAGGCGUCGGCUCAUCUGGUGCGGGCCACACAGAAGCUCACGGAGCGUGAGGAGGAGAACAAGCAGGCUGAGGACUAUGACAAGAUGAGCAACCUCGAGUUCAAGAGCAAGGAGAUGGAGCAACAGGUACAGAUCCUGAAGCUCGAGAAGGAUCUUGUCGGUGCCAGAAGGCGCCUUGCCGAGAUGCGCCGUCACGGAUACCACGCCGAGGAGGAGGAGAGCACGUUCUGA